UUUCUUCCGAUCACGUUCACUGGUCUCGCGUGAAUUCCAGUGAUGCAAUUCCAUGAGGACUGACUUGGCUGGGCUGUGUGCAUUUCCACAGCUGUAUUCAAAAGCAUGCCCUGUGAAGUGAAGCCUCGGUUCGUGGUUCUGUACGGGUCUCAGAAGGGCCAGGCCCAGUCCAUAGCAGAAGGGGUUGCUGAGGUGGCGGAGGAGCACGGACUGGUUGCUGAGCUCAGCUGCUUGAACCAAAGUGAGAAGUACAAUUUGGAGAAGGAGAGUGCCCCAGUGGUCUUUAUUGUGUCUACUACUGGAGACGGGGAACCGCCAGACAAUGCCCUCCAAUUUGUAAGGCGCAUCAAGAAGAAGACCCUCUCCACUGACCACUAUAAACACCUUUCGUAUGCACUUUUAGCUUUAGGAGACACAAAUUAUGCAAAUUUCUGCAACGGUGGGAAGACAAUUGAGCGUCGUCUACAGGAACUUGGAGCCAAGCAGUUCUAUGCAACGGGAUAUGCAGAUGAUGGUGUAGGGCUGGAAGUGGUCGUGGACCCCUGGCUUGAAGGACUGUGGAGUGCAAUCAAAGGAGCCUUAUCAAAAAUGGCUUCUGCUAGGACUGGUUACUUGAAAGGAGAAGAAGGGGAUUCACCAAAGGAAACUCGUGAUUCAUCCAUACCAGAUGUCCAACUAAACCUCUUAAGCGUCACUGACCACCAGAACUGCGAGUCGGUCGGAGUAUCUGUACAGACGGUCUCCAAUUUUGCAUCUGCUGCUUCGCCUUCAUCUUUGGCUGCACAGACUGCUGUUUCUGAUCCCAGGCCAGCUUCUCCUGCAGAGAGCCCUGGGUUGGCAACCCAGUCUCCUGGUGCUGCCAGUGUUUUUACAUCAGUACCGGAGACACAAAUCAGGGAUGCUGGAGUUCCCGAUGUUGCAUUGGCAGCCUCUCUGACACACUCCCUGCCGCCGCUGUCUGAGUCUUCUCUUAAUGUUCCUGCUCUGCCUCCUCCCUACCUUGAUGUCUCUCUUCAGGAGGUAGACACUGUGGAACAGAUUGUUGGACCGUUAAACAAAGAUGCUCUCCAUGAGGUUCCCAUAUCCAGGGCUGUACAGCUGACCAGAGGAGAUUCAGUCAAGAUGGCUCUGCUCUUAGAGCUGGACAUCUCUGAUUCCUCAAAGAUGACAACCUAUCAGCCAGGGGAUUCGUUUGAAGUGUUCUGCCCAAACAGGGCCACAGAGGUGGAGGAUAUGCUCCACAGAUUGGGCCUAAAUGACCACAGGAACCAUAGAGUGCACAUUUCUCUACGUAAAGACACUAAGAAAAAAGGCGCCCAGGUGCCAUCCUACAUGUCCCAGAACAUUUCUCUGCUGUACCUCCUCACAUGGUGUCUAGAGAUCAGAAGUGUUCCUAAGAAGGCAUUUCUCCGAGCUCUAGUGGAUCACACGGCGGACAGUGUGCAGAAGAGGAGACUGCAGGAGCUCUGCAGUAAACAAGGCGCCGCAGACUACAACCUGUACGUGAGAGAUCCGAGCCUCAGCGUUUUGGAGCUUCUGGCAGUCUUCCCGUCCUGUUCGCCUCCUCUCAGCCUCCUCAUAGAGCAUUUGCCGAAACUGCAGCCCAGACCUUAUUCAGCAGCCAGCUCCUGUCUUAGGCACCCAGGAAAGCUGCAUUUUGUCUUUAACAUAGUAGAGUUCCCAGCGUGCUCUGGGCGGCCUGCAGGGAGGCGAGGCUUGUGUACCAGUUGGCUGUUUGACCUCAUCAAUCCUGUCCUGGUUUUCCCUGGGAAGGCUGAAUCCUCCGGCAGCCUGGCUCUGCCAAAGAUCCAUGUGAGUUUGAGACCCAGCUGCUCAUUUCGGCCUCCCUCUGACCUGUCGGUGCCGUUCAUAAUGGUUGGACCAGGCACAGGAGUUGCCCCCUUUAUUGGAUUUCUCCAGCAAAGAGAGAAUGAGAGGCGGGAGAACCCUGAGGCCACAUUUGGCGAGACCUGGCUGUUCUUCGGUUGUCGCCACAGAGACAGAGACUACCUGUUCAGAGAGGAGCUGGAGAGCUUUGUGUCCAACGGUACCCUGAGCCACCUCAAGGUGUGUUUCUCCAGAGACGAGGAGGAGGAAGAGGUGACCAAGACCUCAGCAGCACGACCCAGAUACGUCCAACACAACCUGCUUCUCAACAGCCAGCACAUAACUGACAUCCUGCUCAAACAGAACGGCUAUCUCUAUGUGUGCGGAGAAGCUAAGAACAUGGCUAAAGACGUGAACGACACCCUGGUGGAGAUGAUCAAAACAGAGCUUCAGGUAGACCAACUGGAUGCCAUGAAGAGACUGGCGGGGCUGAGAGAGGAGAAACGCUACUUACAGGACAUCUGGGGCUGACGGCGGAUGGCGAGAUAAGGGCAUUUUGCUGCAUUCACUGGACUUUUUAUUUUUUCUAUUUUUUUCCCCAGCUUAACCUUACAAACAAGAAAGAAAGAAAAAUUCAGCCUGCUCAGCUAUAACCUCUAGAACCUUAAAACUGUGGGAUGCUGAAGCCUAGAUUUGCUUUACACCACCCAAUGCUGCCUAGAUAGAAUGUACCAUACAGACCCAGGGAUAUCGGUUCACUACAUCAUCUUGGGCUUUGCUGUUUGAACAAAAACGACCUUGGUCAGGUCAAUAGUGCCGGAGAUUGGUCCUGGUGUGUGAAAAUGCUUUUAGAGCAGACAAGCCUCCUCCAUUCGUCCUGUGUGGUGGAAAAGUCAUUUACUUCUGAUGGAGUGAUUUUGAUGGGACUCAGAGUGGAAGAUCACUCCAACCCAGAUGGAAACAACACAGCAAUCUGUAGUUCUUCAACAGCACACACACAGUAAAUUGUUUAUUGUCAUUCAGGAGGAAAUAAACAAUUUUUGAGUUAUUUUUGUGUUUGGAAUAUUCCAAACUACCUGAAUGCACCACAGUUUCUACCUCUGAAGUCAUGACCCACGUAUCAUGUAGUAUUGUCACAUUUGCAUCCAAAACACUGGUACGUUUUAUCCUAUUUUGCUUAUAACGAAGACAGAUUCUAAUCUAUGUGAUCCUAAAAAAUUUUUUUAUGUGAAGUCCUUGGAGAUGAGGAAAGCUUUCAGUGAUUUAUCAUUAGACUGUGUUAAAUGAGUACAGAGGGUGUGAAUCUCCUUAUAAUGCACAGCUGAAAAAGUAUCUAACCAACUUUGUUUUGUCUGCCCCAGCUGCCAGAGACUGUGACUUUUCAAAUUCCUCCAAGCCCGACUAAAAUCUCCCAAAUUGUGGUUAGAACAAACACAACUGUGCCUUGUGUGAUCAGGAAUUAAAAGACAUUUCAGCUGUAAA